AUGAAGCUCUUGAGUGUCUUGCUGGUUCCUUUUGCGCUGUUGAGCUGGAUCUCAGCGAGCCAUGCAGCACAAGUCGAUUUCAGUGCUCUGUCGCAAUGCACUUUGACAUGCCUUCUCAAUACUUUUGCUGCAGAGAACUGUUCACUGACGGAUAUCAACUGCCAAUGUAAAAACGAACAACUUACAGCUGAAACGUCAGCAUGUAUGUUGAGCAAUUGCACUUUGGCCGAUUCACUAGCAUUGGGAACACUCCAGCAGCAGGUCUGUGAUGUGAAGCCACAAUCGAGGGCAUCUGAGAUUGUGACGAUCCAUCUCGUCCUCGCCACAUUAGCCUUUAUAGCAGUCGUGCUACGUCUUCUCUCCAGAUAUCUCAUCAGCAAAACGAUAUACAACGAUGAUAUUGCCAUGUUGGCGGCCGUGGUCUUUCUCGUUCCAAACAUCAUAUUCGUCGGCUGGAUGAGUACUCAUGGUCUUGGAAAGAAUACUUGGAACGUAUCAGCGUCCAAUGUCACUAAAAUCAUGCAAUUAUUCUGGGUUGGCGAGACGUUCUAUGUGCUCACCCUUCUACUCACGAAAGUCUCCCUCCUUUUGUUCUACCUUCGAAUCUUCCCAUCUCGUCGAUUUCAAAUCUGGGGCAAGUUGGGACUUGGAUUCGUCAUCCUUCCAGCGACCAUCAUCAUGCUCUUACAAUUGUUACAAUGCCUUCCGGUUCAGUACAAUUGGGACAAGACAAUUCACAAUCCGAAGUGCAUCAACGUCAACGCUUUGACCUACGCACAUGCAGGUAUCAACAUAGCGCAAGAUUUUGUCAUUUUGGCGUUGCCAAUCCCGGAGCUUCUUCAUUUAAAGCUCGACUUGCAGCAGAAGAUAGGAUUGAUUGUGAUGUUCCAAGUGGGAAUAUUUGCAUGCAUAACAUCUAUCGUCAGGCUACGGUUUCUCGCACAGUUUGGCGUAAACUCGAUCGAUCCCUUAUAUGAGAACUCGGACGUCGUGAUCUGGACAUCGGCCGAAACUAACACGGCGAUCAUCUGCUCGUGUCUCCCUGCCAUCAGAGCCCUCUACAAGACAGGCCGGCACAUUGCGAGCGAAGCCGCGUCUGGUCGGAGGACGAGAAACGAGAAUUCUCGUCGCCAAUACGGCAAAUCAUCGCAACUACAGAGUAACGACCACGACCCGAGGUUCGUCGAGCCGAGAAGUAAGGCCGGCGAGGUUGUCUCUUUGCAUGAUAUGGGGGACACUACUGCUCUGGUGUCGUCGCCCAAGAUCGGUCGUGCUGUGUAA